AUGAGCAGCUCGAAGCCAGCGAGAAGAGAAAGAACGCGUAAACGUCAUGAAUGUGAUAUUUGUAAGAAGAAAUUUUCACAGCUUUGUCAUUUGAGAUUUUCUUAUGGUAGUGGUUUGGUUAGACAUAAAAGAACGCACACUGGAGAGAAACCUUAUGAAUGCGAUGUUUGUAAGAAGGGAUUUUCCUGUGGUAGUGGUUUGUUCGUGCUUCAAAUCGUUGCAAUUUACCUCGUGAUUACUUCAUCAACAGCGCAAGAAGCAAAACGGGUGAACAUCACAUUAUAUUAUGAAAGCAUGUGUGGGGGAUGUAUGUACUUCAUCAAGAACCAGUACUAUCCAGCUUUUCAGGCAAUUGGCAGUAUCAUGAACGUACAUUUGGUACCGUAUGGUAAUGCCAAUGAAAAAGAGAAGGGCGACAAGUGGGUUUUCAGCUGCCAGCAUGGCAAGCAAGAAUGUAUUGGGAAUUUGAUCGAAACCUGCGCUAUUCAUUUUUACCCGAAAGCCAGUGAUUUCUUUCCAUUUAUUCACUGCAUUGAAGUGUCAGAAGUAUAUCCAAGCACGGCAGCCCCUUCUUGCGCGCAAAAAUUCCACCUUAAUUAUUCGAAAAUCGAGUCCUGUGCGAACGGUGAUCUUGGUAAUCGUCUUGAACACGAAAUGGCGUUAAAGACCGAAGCUUUGAAGCCAACGCAUACCUACGUACCUUGGGUAACCUUAGAAGGUGUUCAUACUAAGGAGAUACAAAACGAAGCAGAAAGCAACUUGAUUGAAUUGAUUUGUAAGACUUACAAAGGUCCAGUACCCUCGGGAUGUGAAAAGUAUCAAAGUGGAUUCACUAAUGGGCCUAUUGAACGGUGCUUGAAGAACUCUGCCAAUGUUGAUGAAUUUGAGAUGAGCAAUGAUAUCGACCUCACUAAUUAGAUUUUUCGGACGGUCAAGGUGAAUUGGGAAAGCUUGGGAACUAAUUAAAUUUGAGCAAUAUUGAAUCAUAUGAAUAUGUUAGAUUUCAGUUAACUUUAAAAUAUACAAGAUCUCCGUUUAUAAUUAAAAAUUCAA